UGGCCCCGCGACCCGCUUCGACGCGUCCCCGCGGCCGAGAGCACGGUGACGGCUGCCGGAAGCGCCUCCGGGGACUUCCGCUUCGAGGGUCUGGCUGCCCGGGACGGCCGCAGUGCAGGUUAAGGAACCGGCUCUGUGGAGCAGGGUAGGAGGCGGUCGCCAUGGUGACGGAGCAGGAGGUGGAGGCCAUAGGGAAGACCCUGGUGGACCCCACGCAGCCCCUGCAGACCCGCUUCCGGGCCCUGUUCACGCUGCGGGGACUCGGUGGCCCGCACGCCAUCGCCUGGAUCAGCCGGGCCUUCGAGGACAGCUCUGCCCUGCUGAAGCACGAGCUGGCCUACUGCCUGGGCCAGAUGCAGGACCCGCGCGCCAUCCCCGUGCUGGUGGGCGUCCUGCGUGACGCGAGCCAGGAGCCCAUGGUGCGCCACGAGGCCGGGGAAGCUCUGGGGGCGAUCGGUAACCCGGAAGUUCUGGACCUCCUGAAGCAGUAUUCCACCGACCCAGUGGUCGAGGUAGGAGACUGACUGACCCGGCCUGUCAGACCUGCUCUGGAGUCCGUGCCUGGUUGCCAGAGCGACCUCCUGGGAAAGGACGCUGUAGAGAUGGGGCACGUGAAGCCGGGCAGGAGGGCAGGGCCACCCCCAAGCCCUCCCCAUAGCUCUGGGCCCUCAGCCUGGAGAAUCUGACCCCUGUCUGUUUUCUGCCUCUGGCCUGUGUGAGCCCUCACACACACACCCGCUGCACGCUCCUGUCACGGAGCAGGCGCUGUGUGGCCUUUUGUGUCUGGGUCCCACUAGGCACCGUGGCCCAAAAGGGCUCCACGCUGUGCUGUGUGUCAGAGCCUCCCUCCUGUUCAUGGCUGAGUAAUACUCCAGCAUGUGAGGGAGGAACUCCGCAUGUGUGUCUGUCCGUU